AGCUAGUGCCAGGUCGAAUAACACAUAUACUUGUCCCUCCACAGGAGCAUCAAUGAUGUCGGAAAGAACUACUUCUAGAGCACGACUACUUUGUUCUUAAAUUCCACCCAGUAAAGAACGUAGACUGAAGAAAUUGAAAAAUGUGUGAUCCCAUCUCUGCGUAUUAUGCGCUCACUGGAGCGUCGCAAGGUGAAGCAAAGGAGGGCGAACAGAUGUUCAUGACUCAAUAUGACAUCGCUCGGGUCCCGGAACUGGCAGAAAUCGUCUUUAUCGUUAAGGCUAGUAAGUACAAGAAAUUUUUAAUUAAUCUAAUAAAAACAAGAACCUAGUAGUAAACAAAUAACAACUUCUUCAUUCUACUUCUACAUCAAGAUGAUCUUUGAAGCAAAAUAAAGAUAGAAUCAGUUAGAGUUAUUAAGAAAUUGCUCCUGGUCGAGAAUCGUAGGUUCCUCUGCUUCUCAAGACUCUACUCUAAUGCGAAAUCUCAGGGCUCUGGAAAGCCUUUCUUCAAAACCGACCCAGCCCAAAUGGACUCGAGGCUGCAUGCAUAUUUCACAGACGCCCAGGUGAAGCUCUACAAAGUUGUUUAAGUUUUGAUUCUUUUUACACCUGCGCUAGUUGAUGAAGAUGAAGUUGUUAGGUGGUCGAAAAAGUUCCUGUUUAUUUACAACAUUGGCAUGUAGUUGCAAGGUGAGAGUUCAAGUAACUUGAAGUUGUUCUUUUACACAUGAUGUACUUCCUUGAGGACCUUCGAAUUCUAAAUUUAAGGGAUCAGAUUCAAUUGAACCUCUGAACUGAUAUUCAUUUCUUUUCAAUGUCUCAGGCCUGGAGGAACGGUAUGGAGGCAGCGAACAAAGUAUUGCAGACGCACUGGGGCGUUGACGGUUACUUCAACCGCCUAUCUCCAGCUGGGACGCAGAUGCUCCGAGAUAUCACAAGGGAUAUGGUCGGUGGCACAGACAAGACCGAAUUGCAGUUCUGGGUCGAUUACAAUCAAGACAUGUGCAAGUACUAGUCAUGCUUCUAUGUUGUGCUUGUGCUGGUUUCCUCUGAUCAUGAGUGAGAAACAAUUUUUGUACCCAGUUGCAUCUUUAGUUCACAGUCAUACAACUCCAUAACGAAGUUUCUCGGUGAAUUGUGUAUGUGUUUCUCAUGAAAGCCGUGAUGAAGAACGUUACACCAAUACACAGGUUUGACAUCUUUACGUGUGCCGCGGAGCCAGCGUUCAAGCUGUGCAUAGUCUUAUGGCGAAAGAAUUUGAAGUUUUAGUAGCGUCUGCUACUGUCAAGAGGUUGUAAAUCUAGUCUAGACUAUCCGGUAACAUAUGCAGCAACUGUUCGUGUAGAUAUGAACAUAAUUAUUUCUUUCAUUCCCCACUUUCAUCUCUUAGUAUCUACCUGGUUGAUAGGUUCAAUUUUGAGACACCCACCUACACCUGAAGAUAUGGUGCUUGUUCACCACCACGACCUUGAGCUUUAAUCUUGGUUCCCAUGGAAUUCAAUCCGAAGAUGGCAGAUGCGCCACAUCAAGCAGGAGCGGGUCGAAAGGUGUAUAAGUUAGCCGAUCCAUCCCAAGAAGUCGAGUAUUGCACCGAAAUGGACCUCAAGGAAAAGGUAUUUGGAAAUUUUGUUGCGUCGUCCAGACCACUUCUCUUCACAGACAUUGUAGUCUUCUUCUUCAUGUUGGAUUUGGAAGGAUAGAAAAUUUUGGCCAUCAAGAUGACCCCCAUCAGAUGACUUCAAAACUUACUGCAGGCUACGGUUGAAGUUGGUACACAGGAGGUUGCGUUGGUCUUAAAGGGUGGAUACGCUGUGCGUGGCACAGAUGUAGGCGACGGGUGGAUCGAGGUUGGCGGGGAUUUGCUUAAGGCCGUAAAAUAAGGUGUAGACGAAGCUGACGCGUCUAGAUAAAUAUUCUUUCACAAUUACUAGUUUCCCUCUUUGUCUAGUUGGUCUUACAGUUGUCCCCUCGCCUUGCAUCUUCAUGAACACUACAACAACUACGUCUCAUACUAAUCAUGCAGUUCCUUUCAAUGUAUACGAAGUAGUUCUUGAUGUUGAAAACGCCAACAAAGACACCGCGUCCUCUCUACUACUUUUUUUGUCUUUAUCAUGAGGAGCUCCAACUACAUGUUGCAUGCACUUCUUGAUGCUCUACCCAUCUAACUUUUGCAAGCUGUAUCUACCGCUUGAUGAGCUGGCGGAGUUGCAGCCUUUGGAGGCCCCAGGCCAAGCCAAGAUGUGA